CAAAAAUCGGCUUUUACAUUUAUGCUAGAAUGCCAGCCGAAUUCCAGCUAUUGAAGGGCUUCUGUAUUUCAUGUAGUGGGUUCAACGUCAACGAAAAGAAUGACAUACACCGGCGCGUUGAUCAGCUUGGCGGCAAAACAUGUACCGGCCUUACAACCUCCGUGACGCAACUGGUCAUGAAGACCAUCGAUGCCCAGUCAAAAAAGUACCGCGCUUCAGAAAAGGCCAGCAUACCUGUAGUGUCGCUAGACUUUAUUACCGAGUGCGAGUACGAGGCCAGUCGGCGACGCAAAACCGUUUAUGACGAAGAUGACGUCGCAGGUAUUGUCAGCGAGAUCACAGAGCGUGCUCGCCUGUCGCCGUUCGCAGGCUGCCGCAUAUGCACCACAGGAUUUUCUGUCGAGCAGCGGGAGGAGAUUAAGCGGCUGGUGACCACACGGAUAGAUCACAAUGACAUUCUGUACAAGAACUAUGCUGAUGGCCAGCUGGAGAUACUGACCAUCGGCGGCUUAGGAUCGUAUCAUGGGGAGCUGACACCCGAUUGCACACACUUAAUUGCUGCCAGUCUAACCGGGCAGAAGUGCAAGUACGGACGGCUGUGGGAUGUCAGCAUUGUUUCGUUUGAGUGGUUCAGGAAGAGCGUAGCCACUGGGUUUCGCCAGGACGAGAGCAAGUUUGCGCUCGUGAGUCGUGCCCCGGAGAGCCCUAGCCAGACGCCAGGAAGCCAGGGACAGAGAACACCGCAGAGCGCUAUGCGCAGCGAUUCAAUGCAGCCUUCCAUGGUACCACAGACGCGGGCAUCAGAUGUUGAGCCCGAUUUCUCAUUCUGCAGCGAUGCGGACUCUCGGCCAGUGACUCGAAACCGGACAGCUGCUGGCUCAAUGACUACUGAUUCGUAUGACCUACCUCCAGGGUUGACUGGUCCGCUCGAUAUCGACGACGACGAACUCUGAAGUCAUUGCAGUUAACCCGCCGACAAUGAACAGACCCAUGGCAUCUGCCGCUAAUGUCA